CCCGAACCCGACAGCUGUCGCCCACGUCCCGACUCUCUCCAAUCCAAGUUCGAGAUAGGCACCAUCUUGUCCCACCCUCCUUCCUGUCCACUCACAAACCGGCGGCAUGAUGACUGGCGCCCGGUUGGCUCAAUGGAGGAGCCAGCGUGGGUCGGCACGGAAACACCCGAGAACUGUAACAUUGCCGAGAUCGGGCUGGUGACGGAGGAAAAUGGGGAAUCUGUGCAACGGCUUCGACUGCCGUAAGUGUUGUCCGGUAGGGUCGUGUGCAGAUUCAGAGAGUGGCGGGGCCUCAACAAGGACGAGCAAAGUUUCGCCAUCGAACAACGUCAGGAGCUUGAAGGACGCGCAGUGUAACGUGCAGUGUUACGGUCGGGGAGACAUCCAUGAGGAGAUUGUAAAGAAGCUGGAAAUUACCCAGUGUGAAAGGCCAGAUUUUCCCUGUAUUUUGUUUGUCUACAAAGUGUCUCGUGAAACUGAGGAUCUUCGAAAUGCCCUCCAGUGGGUCACAGAGAAACAAGGGGUGAGAAGAGAAGACAUCGGUGCUGUGGUCCUGCUGGAAAAGUCUUUGGAUAAGCGGAGUAAGUCGGUGGAUGUUGCUCACCAGGGAAUGUUUGAUGAUAAAACUGUGGUUGUACGAAUUCUCUGGAAACAGAGGCAGAACUCAACUGGUAAGAUUCCGAAGAGUCCCAUCAGCAACUUGCAGGCGAUGGACAAAAUCAAACAGUCCAUCAAGAAGUGUCAGGAUAUUUACAGGGUUGUGAUUGGGACCAAGUUUGAACUACUAGGGAUACAAGAGGAUGACCAUGAGCAAAUUUAUGAAUACAAGCCACUGCAGAACAAGUUUACGAUGUUGUCAGACUUGACUGGGAUGGAGAAGCGUUCCAUGUUUGUGGUUUCGAAUCAAUGGAGAGGUGAUCAGAUCGAGAUGAUCAAAUGCAUCCUUGCCCUGUCCGCUCUGGAUAAUAUGAUCAGAAACAUCGACAAGUUUCUCAAAGUGACGAAGUAAUGGCUACACCUGACCUUGUACAGAACUGUUGAACUGAUCCUGUUUCAGGAGCAUAGUCAACGUUUUAGCCUGCUUUAGAGGCUCACAUCUGUAAAUCUGUUGUGUGAAGGAGAUUGAAAGCUGAGGACUUUUCAAUUAUAUAGAUACAAUGUUUCAGAACUUCACACAAAUUUCCUGACUCCAAAAUAAAGACAGUUUGAA